CCCGCCCCAUUCUCCCUCCUUCCAUCACCCCGCCCCAUUCUCCUGCUUUCCAUCACCCCCGCCCCAUUCUCCCCGCUUUCCAUCACCCCGCCCCAUUCUCCCGCUUUCCAUCACCCCACCCCAUUCUCCCGCUUUCCAUCACCCCGCCCCUUCUCCACGCUUUCCAUCACCCCGCCCCAUUCUUCCGCUUCCCAUCAUCCCGCCCCAUUCCCCCGCUUUCCAUCACCCCUCCCCAUUCUCCCUCUUCCAUCACCCUACCCCAUUCUCUCGCUUUCCAUCACCCCGCCCCAUUCUCCCGCUUUCCCAUCACGCCGCCCCAUUCUCCCGCUUUCCAUCACCCCGCCCCAUUCUCCCUCCUUCCAUCACCCCGCCCCAUUCUCCCGCUUUCCAUCACCCCGCCCCAUUCUCCUUUCUUCCAUCACCCCGCCCCAUUCUCCCUCAUUCCAUUACCCCGCCCCAUUCUCCGCUUUCCAUCACCCCGCCCCAUUCUCCCCGCUUCCCAUAACCCCACCCCAUUCUCCCGCUUUCCAUCACCCCGCCACAUUUUCCCACUUUCCAUCACCCCGCCCCCUUCUCUCUCCUUCCAUCACCCCGCCCCAUUCUCCCUCCUUCAUCACCCCGGCCCCAUUCUUCCGCUUUCCAUCACCCGCCCCAUUCUCCCGCUUUCCUUCACCUCGCCCAAUUCUCCCCGCUUUCCAUCACCCCGCCCCAUUCAUUUGCUUUCCAUCAUCCCGCCCCAUUCUCCCGCUUUCCAUCACCCUGCCCCAUUCACCCGCUUUCCAUUACCCGCCCCAUUCUCCCGCUUUCCAUCACCCCGCCCCAUUGUCCCCGCUUUCCAUCACCCCGCUCCAUUCUCCCGCUUUCCAUCACCCCGCCCCAUUCUCCCGCUUUCCAUCACCCCGCCCCAUUCUCCCGCUUUCCAUCACUCCGACCCAUUCUCCCGCUUUCCAUCACCCAACCCAUUCUCCCACUUUCCAUCACCCCGCCCCCAUUCUCCCUCCUUCCAUCACCCCGCCUCAUUCUCCCCUCCUUCCAUCACCCCGCCCCUUUCUCCCGCUUUCCAUCACCUCGCCCCCAUUCUCCCGCUUUUCCAUCACCCAGCCCCAUUCUCUCUGCUUUCCAUCACCCCGCCCCAUUUUCCCGCUUUCAUCACCCCGCCCCAUUCUCCCGCUUUCCAUCACCCUGCCCCAAUCUCCCGCUUUCAUCACCCCGCCCCAUUCUCCCUCCUUCCAUCACCCCGCCCCAUUCUCCCCGCUUUCCAUCACCCCGCCCCAUUCUCCUGCUUUCCAUCACCCAGCCCCAUUCUCCCGCUUUCCAUCACCCCGCCCCAUUCUCCCGCUUUCCAUCACCCCACCCCAUUCUCCCCUCCUUACAUCACCCCGCCCAUUCUCCCUCCUUCCAUCACCCCGCCCCAUUCUCCCGCUUUCAUCACCCUGCCCCAUUCUCCCUCCUUCCAUCACCCGCCCCAUUCUCCCUCCUUCCAUCACCCCCGCCCCAUUCUCCCGCUUUCCAUCACCCCGCCCCCAUUCUCCCGCUUCCCAUAACCCCACCCCAUUCUCCCGCUUUCCAUCACCCCGCCACAUUCUCCCGCUUUCUAUCACCCCGCCCCAUUCUCCCGCUUUCCCAUCACCCCGCCCCAUUCUCCCGCUUUCCAUCACCCCGCCACAUUCUCCCACUUUCCAUCACCCCGCCCCGUUCUCCAGCUUUCCAUCGCCCCGCCCCAUUCUCCCCGCUUUCCAUCACCCCGCCCCAUUCUCCCGCUUUCCAUCACCCCGCCCCAUUCUCCCUCUUUCCAUCACCCCACCCCAUUCUCCCGAUUUGCAUCACCCCGCCCCAUUCUCCCGAUUUGCAUCACCCCGCCCCAUUCUCCCGCCUUCCAUCAACCCGCCCCAUUCUCCCUCUUUCCAUCACCACCCGCCCCAUUCUCCCGCUUUCCAUCACCCCGCCCCAUUCUCCCUCUUUCCAUCACACCGCCCCAUUCUCCCGCUUUCCAUCACACCACCCCAUUCUCCCGCUUUCCAUCACCUCGCCCCAUUUUCCCCUCUUUCCAUCACCCCGCCCCCAUUCUCCCGCUUUCCAUCACCCCGCCCCAUUCUCCCUCCUUCCAUCACCCCGCCCCAUUCUUCCGCUUCCCAUCAUCACGCCCAAUUCCCCCGCUUUUCCAUCACCCCUCCCCAUUCUCCCUCCUUCCAUCACCCCGCCCCAUUCUCUCGCUUUCCAUCACCCCCGCCCCAUUCUCCCGCUUUCCAUCACCCCGCCGCAUUUUCCCGCUUUCCAUCACUCCGCCCCAUUAUCCCUCUUUCCAUCACCCCGCCCCAUUCUCCCUCCUUCCAUCACCCCGCCCCAUUCUCCCGCUUUCCAUCACCUCGCCUCAUUCUCCCGCUUCCCAUAACCCCACCCCCAUUCUCCCGCUUUCCAUCACCCCGCCACAUUCUCCACUUUCCAUCACCCCGCCCCCUUCUCUCUCCUUCCAUCACCCCGCCCCAUUCUCCCUCCUUCCAUCACCCCCGCCCCAUUCUCCCGCUUUCCAUCAGCCCGCCCCAUUCCUCCCGCUUUCCAUCACCCCUCCCCUUUCUCCCGCUUUCCAUCUCCCGCCCCAUUCUCCCACUUUCCAUCACCCCGCCCCAUUCUUCCGCUUCCCAUCAUCUCGCCCCAUUCCCCCGCUUUCCAUCACCCCUCCCCGUUCUCCCUCCUUCCAUCACCCCGCCCCAUUCUCUCGCUUUCCAUCACCCCGCCCCAUUCUCCCGCUUUCCAUCACCCCGCCCCAUUCUCCCGCUUUCCCAUCACCCCACCCCAUUCUCCCUCCUUCCAUCACCCCGCCCCAUUCUCCCUCCUUCCAUCACCCCGGCCCCAUUCUCUCCCGCUUUCCAUCACCCCGCCCCAUUCUCCCUCCUUCCAUCACCCCGCCCCAUUCUCCCUCCUUCCAUCACCCCGCCCCAUUCUCCCGCUUUCCAUCACACCCGCCCCAUUCUCCCGCUUCCCAUAACCCCACCCCAUUCUCCCGCUUUCCAUCACCCCGCCACAUUCUCCCGCUUUCUAUCACCAUGCCCCAUUCUCCCUCCUUCCAUAACCCCGCCCCAUUCUCCCGAUUUCCAUCACCCCCGCCCCAUUCUCCCGCUUUCCAUCACCCCGCCCCAUUCUCCCGCUUUCCAUCACCACCCGCCCCAUUCUCCCGCUUUCCAUCUUCCCGCCCCAUUCUCCCUCCUUCCAUCACCCCGCCCCAUUCUUCCGCUUCCCAUCAUCCCGCCCCAUUCCCCCGCUUUCCAUCACCCCUCCCCAUUCUCCCUCCUUCCAUCACCCCGCCCCAUUCUCUCGCUUUCCAUCACCCCGCCCCAUUCUCCCUUUUUCCAUCACCCCGCCCCAUUUUCCCGCUUUCCAUCACUCCGCCCCAUUAUCCCUCCUUCCAUCACCCCGACCCAUUCUCCCUCCUUCCAUCACCCUGCCCCAUUCUCUCGCUUUCCAUCACCCCGCCUCAUUCCUCCCGCUUCCCAUAACCCCACCCCAUUCUCCUGCUUUCCAUCACCCCGCCACCAUUCUCCCACUUUCCAUCACCCCCCGCCCCCUUCUCUCUCCUUCCAUCACCCCGCCCCAUUCUCCCUCCUUCCAUCACCCCGCCCAUUCUCCCGCUUUCCAUCAGCCCGCCCCAUUCUCCCGCUUUCCAUCACCCCUCCCCUUUCUCCUGCUUUCCAUCUCCCCGCCCCAUUCUCCCGCUUUCCAUCACCCGCCCCAUUCUCCCGCUUUCCAUCACCCCGCCCCAUUCUUCCGCUUCCCAUCAUCUCGCCCCAUUUCCCCCGCUUUCCAUCACCCCUCCCCAUUCUCCCUCCUUCCAUCACCCCGCCCCAUUCUCUCGCUUUCCAUCACCCCGCCCCCAUUCUCCCGCUUUCCAUCACGCCGCCCCCAUUCUCCCGCUUUCCAUCACCCCGCCCCAUUCUCCCUCCUUUCCAUCACCCCGCCCCAUUCUCCCGCUUUCCAUCACCCCGCCCCAUUCUCCCUCUUCCAUCACCCCGCCCCAUUCUCCCUCAUUCCAUCACCACGCCCCAUUCUCCCGCUUUCCAUCACCCCGCCCCAUUCUCCCGCUUUCCCAUAACCCCUCCCCAUUCUCCCGCUUUCCAUCACCCCGCCACAUUUUCCCACUUUCCAUCACCCCGCCCCUUCUCUCUCCUUCCAUCACCCCGCCCCAUUCUCCCUCCUUCCAUCACCCCGCCCCAUUCUCCCGCUUUCCAUCAGCCCGCCCCAUUCUCCCGCUUUCCAUCACCCCGCCCCUUUCUCCCGCUUUCCAUAUUCCCGCCCCAUUCUCCCGCUUUCCAUCACCCCGCCCCAUUCUCCCGCUUUCCAUCAGCCAGCCCCAUUCUUCCGCUUCCCAUCAUCCCGCCCCAUUCCACCGCUUUCCAUCACCCCUCCCCAUUCUCCCUCCUUCCAUCACCCCGCCCCAUUCUUCCGCUUUCCAUCACCCGCCCCAUUCUCCCGGCUUUCCGUCACCUCGCCCCAUUCUCACCGCUUUCCAUCACCCCGCCCCAUUCUUUUGCUUUCCAUCACCCCGCCCCAUUCUCCCGCUUUCCAUCACCCGGCCCCAUUCACCCGCUUUCUACCAGCCCGCUCCCGCUCUCCAUCACCCCGCCCCAUUCUCCCGCUUUCCAUCACCCCGCUCCAUUCUCCCACUUUCCAUCACCCCGCCCCCAUCUCCCGCCUUCCAUCACCCCGGCCCCAUUCUCCCGCUUUCCAUCACCCCGCCCUAUUCUCCCGCUUUCAUCACCCCGCCCCAUUCUCCCGCUUUCCAUCACCCCGUCCCAUUCUCCCUCUUUUCAUCACACCCGCCCCAUUCUCCUUCUUUCCACCACCCCGCCCAUUCUCCCGCUUUCCAUCACCCCGGCCCAUUCUCCCUAUUUCAUCACCCCGCUCAAUUCUCCCACUUUCCAUCACCCCGCCCCAUUCUCCCGCUUUCCCCCCAUUCUCCCCGCUUUCCAUCACCCCGCCCCAUUCUCCCUCCUUCCAUCAAACCCGCCACAUUCUCCCGCUUUCCAUCAUCCCGCCCCAUUCUCCCUCCUUCCAUCACCCCGCCCCAUUCUUCCACCUUCCAUCACCCCGCCCCAUUCUCCCCCCUUUCCAUCACUCCGCCCCAUUCUCCCUCCUUCCAUCUCCCCGCCCCAUUCUCACCUCCUUCCAUCACCCCGCCCCAUUCUCCCGCUUUCCAUCACCCCGCCCCAUUCUCCCGCUUCCCAUAACCUGACCCCAUUCUCCCCGCUUUCCAUCACCCCGCCACAUUCUCCCGCUUUCUAUCACCCCCGCCCUAUUCUCCCUCCUUCCAUCACCCCGCCCAUUCUCCCGCUUUCCAUCACCCCGCCCCAUUCCUCCCGAUUUCCAUCACCCCGCCCCGUUCUCCCGCUUUCCAUCACCCCGCCCCAUUCUCCCGCUUUCCAUCAUCCCGCCCCAUUCUCCCUCCUUCCAUCACCCCGCUCCAUUCUUCCGCUUCCCAUCAUUCUGCCCCAUUCCCCCGCUUUCCAUCACCCCUCCCCAUUCUCCCUCCUUCCAUCACCCCGCCGAUUCUCCUCGCUUUCCAUCACCCCUACCCAUUCUCCCGCUUUCCAUCACCCCGCCCCAUUUUCCCCGCUUUCCAUCACUCUGCCCCAUUAUCCCUCCUUCCAUCACCCCGCCCCAUUCUCCCUCCUUCCAUCACCCCGCCCCAUUCUCCUGCUUUCCAUCACCCCGCCUCAUUCUCCCACUUCCCAUAACCCCACCCCAUUCUCCCGCUUUCCAUCACCCCGCCACAUUCUCCCACUUUCCAUCACCACGCCCCCUUCUCUCUCCUUCGAUCACCCCUCCCCAUUCUCCCUCCUUCCAUCACCCCGCCCCAUUUUCCCGCUUUCCAUCACCCCUCCCCUUUCUCCCGCUUUCCAUCUCCCGCCUCAUUCUCCCGCUUUCCAUCACCCCGCCCCAUUCUUCCGCUUCCCAUCAUCUCGCCCCAUUCCCCCGCUUUCCAUCACCCCUCCCCAUUCUCCCUCCUUCAAUCACCCCGCCCCAUUCUCUCGCUUUCCAUCCACCCCGCCCCAUUCUCCCGCUUUCCAUCACGCCGCCCCAUUCUCCCGCUUUCCAUCACCCCGCCCCAUUCUCCCUCCUUCCAUCACCCCGCCCCAUUCUCCCGCUUUCCAUCACCCCGCCCCAUUCUCCCUCCUUCCAUCACCUCGCCCCAUUCUCCCUCAUUCCAUCACCCCGCCCCAUUCUCCCGCUUUCCAUCACCCAGCCCCAUUCUCCCGCUUCCAUAACCCCACCCCAUUCUCCUGCUUUCCAUCACCCCGCCCCCUUCUCUCUCCUUCCAUCACCCCGCCCCAUUCUCCCUCCUUCCAUCACCCCGCCCCAUUCUCCCGCUUUCCAUCAGCCCGCCCCAUUCUCCCGCUUUCCAUCAUCCCGCCCCUUUCUCCUGCUUUCCAUCUCCCCGCCCGAUUCUCCCGCUUUCCAUCAUCCCGCCCCAUUCUCCCUCCUUCCAUCACCCCGCCCCAUUCUUCCGCUUUCCAUCACCCGCCCCAUUCUCCCGCUUUCCAUCACCUCGCCCCAUUCUCCCGCUUUCCAUCACCCCGCCCCAUUCUUCUGCUUUCCAUCACCCCGCCCCAUUCUCCCGCUUUCCAUCACCCCACCCCAUUCUCCCUCCUUCCAUCACCCUGCCCCAUUCUCCCUCCUUCCAUCACCCCGCCCCAUUCUCCCGCUUUCCAUCACCCCACCACAUUCUCCCGCUUUCUAUCACCCCCGCCCCAUUCUCCCUCCUUCUAUCACCCCGCCCCAUUCUCCCGCUUUCCACCACCCUGCCCCAUUCUCCCGAUUUCCAUCACCCCGCCCCAUUCUCCCACUUUCCAUCAUCCCGCCCCAUUCUCCCUCCUUCCAUCACCCCGCCCCAUUCUCCCGCUUUCCAUCACUCCGCCCCAUUCUCCCUCCUUCCAUCACCCCGCCCCAUUCUCCCUCCUUCCAUCACCCCGCCCCAUUCUCCCGCUUUCCAUCACCCCGCCCCAAUCUCCUGCUUCCCAUAACCCCACCCCAUUCUCCCGCUUUCCAUCACCCCGCCACAUUCUCCCGCUUUCCAUCAUCCCGCCCCAUUCUCCCUCCUUCCAUCACCCCGCCCCAUUCUCCCCGCUUUCCAUCACUCCGCCCCAUUCUCCCGCUUUCCAUCAGCCCGCCCCAUUCUCCCUCCUUCCAUCACCCCGCCCCAUUCUCCCGCUUUCCAUCACCCCGCCCCAUUCUCCCGCUUUCCAUCACCCCGCCCCAUUCUCCCGCUUUCCAUCACCCCGCCCCAUUCUCCCGCUUUCCAUCACCCCGCCCAUUCUCCCGCUUUCCAUCAACCCGCCCCAUUCUUCCGCUUCCCAUCAUCCCGCCCCAUUCCCCCGCUUUCCAUCACCCCUCCCCAUUCUCCCGCUUUCCAUCACCCCGCCACAUUUUCCCACUUUCCAUCACCCCGCCCCCCUUCUCUCUCCUUCCAUCACCCCGCCCCAUUCUCCCUCCUUCCAUCACCCCGCCCCAUUCUUCCGCUUUCCAUCACCCGCCCCAUUCUCCCGCUUUCCUUCACCUCGCCCAAUUCUCCCGCUUUCCAUCACCCCGACCCAUUCUUUUGCUUUCCAUCAUCCCGCCCCAUUCUCCCCGCUUUCCAUCACCCUGCCCCAUUCACCCGCUUUCCAUUACCCGCCCCAUUCUCCCGCUUUCCAUCACCCCGCCCCAUUCCCCAUUCUCCCGCUUUCCAUCACCCCCGCCCCAUUCUCCCGCUUUCCAUCACCCCACCCCAUUCUCCCUCUUUACAUCCACCCCGCCCCAUUCUCCCUCCUUCCAUCACCCCGCCCCAUUCUCCCGCUUUCCAUCACCCCGCCCCAUUCUCCCUCCUUCCAUCACCCCGCCCCAUUCUCCCUCCUUCCAUCACCCCGCCCCAUUCUCCCGCUUUCCAUCACCCCGCCCCAUUCUCCCGCUUCCAUAACCCCACCCCAUUCUCCCGCUUUCCAUCACCCCGCCACAUUCUCCCGCUUUCUAUCACCCCGCCCCAUUCUCCCUCCUUCCAUCACCCCGCCCCAUUCUCCCGCUUUCCAUCACCCCGCCCCACCCGCCCCAUUCUCCCUCCUUCCAUCACCCGCCGCCCCAUUCUCCCCGCUUUCCAUCACCCCGCCCCAUUCUCUCCCGCUUUCCAUCACCCCGCCCCAUUCUUCCGCUUCCCAUCAUCCCGCCCCAUUCCCCCGCUUUCCAUCACCCCUCCCCAUUCUCCCUCCUUCCAUCACCCUACCCCAUUCUCUCGCUUUCCAUCACCCCGCCCCAUUCUCCCGCUUUCCAUCACGCCGCCCCAUUCUCCCCGCUUUCCAUCACCCCGCCCCAUUCUCCCUCCUUCCAUCACCCCGCCCCAUUCUCCCGCUUUCCAUCACCCCGCCCCAUUCUCCUUUCUUCCAUCACCCCGCCCCAUUCUCCCUCAUUCCAUUACCCCGCCCCAUUCUCCCGCUUUCCAUCACCCCGCCCCAUUCUCCCGCUUCCCAUAACCCCACCCCUUUCUCCCGCUUUCCAUCACCCCGCCACAUUUUCCCACUUUCCAUCACCCCGCCCCCUUCUCUCUCCUUCCAUCACCCCGCCCCAUUCUCCCUCCUUCCAUCACCCCGCCCCAUUCUUCCGCUUUCCAUCACCCGCCCCAUUCUCCCCGCUUUCCUUCACCUCGCCCAAUUCUCCCGCUUUCCAUCACCCCGCCCCAUUCUUUUGCUUUCCAUCAUCCCGCCUCAUUCUCCCGCCUUUCCAUCACCCUGCCCCAUUCACCCGCUUUCCAUUACCCGCCCCAUUGUCCCGCUUUCCAUCACCCCCGCUCCAUUCUCCCGCUUUCCAUCACCCCGCCCCAUUCUCCCGCUUUCCAUCACCCCGCCCCAUUCUCCCGCUUUCCAUCACUCCGACCCAUUCUCCCGCUUUCCAUCACCCCAACCCAUUCUCCCACUUUCCAUCACCCCACCCCAUUCUCCCUCCUUCCAUCACCCCGCCUCAUUCUCCCUCCUUCCAUCACCCCGCCCCUUUCUCCCGCUUUCCAUCACCUCGCCCCAUUCUCCCGCUUUCCAUCACCCAGCCCCAUUCUCCCGCUUUCCAUCACCCCGCCCCAUUUUCCCGCUUUCCAUCACCCCGCCCCAUUCUCCCGCUUUCCAUCACCCUGCCCCAAUCUCCCGCUUUCCAUCACCCCGCCCCAUUCUCCCUCCUUCCAUCACCCCGCCCCAUUCUCCCGCUUUCCAUCACCCCGCCCCAUUCUCCUGCUUUCCAUCACCCAGCCCCAUUCUCCCGCUUUCCAUCACCCCGCCCCAUUCUCCCGCUUUCCAUCACCCCACCCCAUUCUCCCUCCUUACAUCACCCCGCCCCAUUCUCCCUCCUUCCAUCACCCCGCCCCAUUCUCCCGCUUUCCAUCACCCCGCCCCAUUCUCCCUCCUUCCAUCACCCCGCCCCAUUCUCCCUCCUUCCAUCACCCCGCCCCAUUCUCCCGCUUUCCAUCACCCGCCCCAUUCUCCCGCUUCCCAUAACCCCACCCCAUUCUCCCGCUUUCCAUCACCCCGCCACAUUCUCCCGCUUUCUAUCACCCCGCCCCAUUCUCCCUCCUUCCAUCACCCCGCCCCAUUCUCCCGCUUUCCAUCACCCCGCCCCAUUCUUCGCCCCGCUUUCCAUCACCCCGCCCCAUUCUCCCUCCUUCCAUCACCCCGCCCCAUUCUCCUCCUUCCAUCACCCCGCCCCAUUCUCCCGCUUUCCAUCACCCCGCCCCAUUCUCCCGCUUCCAUAACCCCACCCCCAUUCUCCCGCUUUCCAUCACCCCCGCCACAUUCUCCCGCUUUCUAUCACCCCGCCCCAUUCUCCCUCCUUCCAUCACCCCGCCCCAUUCUCCCGCUUUCCAUCACCCCGCCCCAUUCUCCCGCUUUCCAUCACCCCGCCACAUUCUCCCACUUUCCAUCACCCGCCCCCUUCUCUCUCCUUCCAUCACCCCGCCCCAUUCUCCCUCCUUCCAUCACCCCGCCCCAUUCUCCCGCUUUCCAUCAGCCUGCCCCAUUCUCCCCGCUUUCCAUCACCCCGCCCCAUUCUCCCGCUUUCCAUCUCCCCGCCCCAUUCUUCCGCUUUCCAUCACCCCGCCCCAUUCUCCCGCUUUCCAUCACCCCGCCCCAUUCUUCCGCUUCCCAUCAUCCCGCCCCAUUCCCCCGCUUUCCAUCACCCCUCCCCAUUCUCCCUCCUUCCAUCACCCCGCCCCAUUCUCUUGCUUUCCAUCACCCCGCCCCAUUCUCCCGCUGUCCAUCACCCGCCCCAUUCUCCCGCUUUCCAUCACCCCCGCCCCAUUCUCCCUCCUUCCAUCACCCCGCCCCAUUCUCCCGCUUUCCAUCACCCCGCCCCAUUCUCCUGCUUUCCAUCACCCAGCCCCAUUCUCCCGCUUUCCAUCACCCCGCCCCAUUCUCCCACUUUCCAUCACCCCACCCCAUUCUCCCUCCUUACAUCACCCCGCCCCAUUCUCCCUCCUUCCAUCACCCCUCCCCAUUCUCCCGCUUUCCAUCACCCUGCACCAUUCUCCCUCCUUCCAUCACCCCGCCCCAUUCUCCCUCCUUCCAUUCACCCCGCCCCAUUCUCCCGCUUUCCAUCACCCCGCCCCAUUCUCCCGCUUCCCAUAACCCAACCCCAUUCUCCCGCUUUCCAUCACCCCGCCACAUUCUCCCGCUUUCUAUCACCCCGCCCCAUUCUCCCUCCUUCCAUCACCCCGCCCCAUUCUCCCGCUUUCCAUCACCCCGCCCCAUUCUCCCGCUUUCCAUCACCCCGCCACAUUCUCCCACUUUCCAUCACCCCGCCCCCUUCUCUCUCCUUCCAUCACCCCGCCCCAUUCUCCCUCCUUCCAUCACCCCGCCCCAUUCUCCCGCUUUCCAUCAGCCCGCCCCAUUCUCCCGCUUUCCAUCACCCCGCCCCACUCUCCCGCUUUCCAUCUCCCGCCCCAUUCUUCCGCUUUCCAUCACCCCGCCCCAUUCUCCCGCUUUCCAUCACCCCGCCCCAUUCUUCCGCUUCCCAUCAUCCCGCCCCAUUCCCCCGCUUUCCAUCACCCCUCCCCAUUCUCCCUCCUUCCAUCACCCCGCCCCAUUCUCUUGCUUUCCAUCACCCCGCCCAUUCUCCCGCUUUCCAUCACCCGCCCCAUUCUCCCGCUUUCCAUCACCCCGCCCCAUUCUCCCUCCUUCCAUCACCCCGCCCCAUUCCUCCCGCUUUCCAUCACCCCGCCCCAUUCUCCUGCUUUCCAUCACCCAGCCCCAUUCUCCCGCUUUCCAUCACCCGCCCCAUUCUCCCACUUUCCAUCACGCCACCCCAUUCUCCCUCCUUACAUCACCCCGCCCCAUUCUCCCUCCUUCCAUCACCCCGGCCCAUUCUCCCGCUUUCCAUCACCCUGCCCCAUUCUCCCUCCUUCCAUCACCCCGCCCCAUUCUCCCUCCUUCCAUCACCCCGCCCCAUUCUCCCGCUUUCCAUCACCCCGCCCCCAUUCUCCCGCUUCCCAUAACCGCACCCCAUUCUCCCGCUUUCCAUCACCCCGCCACAUUCUCCCGCUUUCUAUCACCCCGCCCCAUUCUCCCUCCUUCCAUCACCCCGCCCUUUCUCCCGCUUUCCAUCACCCCGCCCCAUUCUCCCGCUUUCCAUCACCCCGCCACAUUCUCCCACUUUCCAUCACCCCGCCCCCUUCUCUCUCCUUCCAUCACCCUGCCCCCAUUCUCCCUCCUUCCAUCCACCCACCCCCAUUCUCCCUCCUUCCAUCACCCCGCCCCAUUCUCCCGCUUUCCAUCACCCCGCCCCAUUCUCCCGCUUCCCAUAACCCCACCCCAUUCUCCCGCUUUCCAUCACCCCGCCCACAUUCUCCCGCCUUUCUAUCACCCCGCCUCAUUCUCCCUUCUUCCAUCACGCCGCCCCCUUUCUCCCGCUUUCCAUCACCCCGCCCCAUUCUCCCUCCUUCCAUCACCCCGCCCCAUUCUCCCGCUUUCCAUCACCCUGCCCCAUUCUCCCUCCUUCCAUCACCCCGCCCCCAUUCUCCCUCCUUCCAUCACCCCGCCCCAUUCUCCCGCUUUCCAUCACCCCGCCCAUUCUCCCGCUUCCCAUAACCCCACCCCAUUCUCCUGCUUUCCAUCACCCCGCCACAUUCUCCCGCUUUCUAUCACCCCGCCCCAUUCUCCCUCCUUCCAUCACCCCGCCCCAUUCUCCCGCUUUCCAUCACCCCGCCCCAUUCUCCCGCUUUCCAUCACCCCGCCACAUUCUCCCACUUUCCAUCACCCCGCCCCCUUCUCUCUCCUUCCAUCACCCUGCCCCAUUCUCCCUCCUUCCAUCACCCCGCCCCAUUCUCCCUCCUUCAUCACCCCGCCCCAUUCUCCCGCUUUCCAUCACCCGCCCCAUUCUCCCGCUUCCCAUAACCCCACCCCAUUCUCCCGCUUUCCAUCACCCCGCCACAUUCUCCCGCUUUCUAUCACCCCGCCUCAUUCUCCCUCCUUCCAUCACCCCGCCCCUUUCUCCCGCUUUCCAUCACCUCGCCCCAUUCUCCCGCUUUCCAUCACCCAGCCCCAUUCCCCCGCUUUCCAUCACCCCGCCCCAUUUUCCCGCUUUCCAUCACCCGCCCCAUUCUCCCGCUUUCCAUCACCCUGCCCCAAUCUCCCACUUUCCAUCACCCCGCCCCAUUCUCCCUCCUUCCAUCACCCCGCCCCCAUUCUCCCGCUUUCCAUCACCCCGCCCCAUUCUCCUGCUUUCCAUCACCCAGCCCCAUUCUCCCGCUUUCCAUCACCCCGCCCCAUUCUCCCGCUUUCCAUCACCCCACCCCAUUCUCCCUCCUUACAUCACCCCGCCCCAUUCUCCCUCCUUCCAUCACCCCGCCCCAUUCUCCCGCUUUCCAUCACCCCGCCCCAUUCUCCCUCCUUCCAUCACCCCGCCCCAUUCUCCCUCCUUCCAUCACCCCGCCCCAUUCUCCCGCUUUCCAUCACCCCGCCCCAUUCUCCCGCUUCCCAUAACCCCACCCAUUCUCCCGCUUUCCAUCACCCCGCCACAUUCUCCCGCUUUCUAUCACCCCGCCCCAUUCUCCCUCCUUCCAUCACCUCGCCCUAUUCUCCCGCUUUCCAUCACCCCGCCCCUUUCUCCCGCUUUCCAUCACCCCGCCACAUUCUCCCACUUUCCAUCACCCCGCCCCCUUCUCUCUCCUUCCAUCACCCCGCCCCAUUCUCCCUCCUUCCAUCACCCCGCCCCAUUCUCCCGCUUUCCAUCAGCCCGCCCCAUUCUCCCGCUUUCCAUCACCCCGCCCCAUUCUCCCGCUUUCCAUCUCCCCGCCCCAUUCUCCCGCUUUCCAUCACCCCGCCCCAUUCUCCCGCUUUCCAUCACCCGCCCCAUUCUUCCGCUUCCCAUCAUCCCGCCCCAUUCCCCCGCUUUCCAUCACCCCUCCCCAUUCUCCCUCCUUCCAUCACCCCGCCCCAUUCUCUUGCUUUCCAUCACCCCGCCCCAUUCUCCCGCUUUCCAUCACCCCGCCCCAUUCUCCCGCUUUCCAUCACCCCGCCUCAUUCUCCCUCCUUCCAUCACCCCGCCCCUUUCUCCCGCUUUCCAUCACCUCGCCCCAUUCUCCCGCUUUCCAUCACCCAGCCCCAUUCCCCGCUUUCCAUCACCCCGCCCCAUUUUCCCGCUUUCCAUCACCCCGCCCCAUUCUCCCGCUUUCCAUCACCCUGCCCCAAUCUCCCGCUUUCCAUCACCCCGCCCCAUUCUCCCUCCUUCCAUCACCCCGCCCCAUUCUCCCGCUUUCCAUCACCCCGCCCCAUUCUCCUGCUUUCCAUCACCCAGCCCCAUUCCCCCGCUUUCCAUCACCCCGCCCCAAUCUCCCGCUUUCCAUCACCCCGCCCUAUUCUCCCGCUUUCCAUCACCCCCGCCCCAUUCUCCCGCUUUCCAUCACCCCGCCCCAUUCUCCCGCUUUCCAUCACCCCGCCUCAUUCUCCCGCUUCCCAAUCAUCCCGCCCCAUUCCCCCGCUUUCCAUCACCUCUCCCUCCUUCCAUCACCCGCCCCAUUCUCCCGCUUUCCAUCACCCCGCCGCAUUCUCCCGCUUUCCAUCACCUCGCCCCAUUCUCCCGCUUUCUAUCACCCGCCCCAUUCUUCCGCUUUCCAUCACCCCGCCCCAUUCACCCGCUUUCCAUCACCCACCCCAUUCUCCCGCUUUCAAUCACCCCGCCCCAUUCUCCCUCCUUCCAUCACCCCGCCCCAUUCUCCCUCCUUCCAUCACCCCCACCUCAUUCUCCCUCCUUCCAUUACCCCGCCCCAUUAUCCCGCUUUCCAUCACCCCGCCCCAUUCUCCCGCUUUCCAUCACCCCACCCCAUUCUCCCGCUUUCCAUCACCCUGCCCCAUUCUCCCGCUUUCCAUCACCCUGCCCCCGUUCUCCAGCUUUCCAUCACCCUGCCCCAUUCUCCCGCUUUCCAUCACCUUGCCCCAUUCUCCCCGCUAUCCAUCACCUUGCCCCAUUCUCCCUCCUUCCAUCACCCCCGCCCCAUUCUCCCGCCUUCCAUCACCCCGCCCAUUCUCCCUCCUUCCAUCACCCCGCCCCAUUCUCCCUCCUUCCAUUACCCCGCCCCGUUCUCCCGCUUUACAUCAGCCCGCCCCAUUCUUUCGCUUUCCAUCACCCCGCCCCAUUCUCCCGCUUUCCAUCACCCCGCCCCAUUCUCCCGCUUUCCAUCACCACGCCCCAUUCUCCCGCUUUCCAUCACCCCGCCCCAUUCUCCCGCUUUCCUUCAUCCCGCCCCAUUCUCCCGCUUUCCCUCACCCCGCCCCAUUCUCCAGCUUUCCAUCACCCCGCCCCAUUCUCCCGCUUACCAUCAACCCGCCCCAUUCUCCCGCUUUCUAUCAUCCGUCUCAUUCUCCCUCCUUCCGUCACCCCGCCCCAUUCUCCCUCCUUCCGUCACCCCGCCCCAUUCUCCCGCUUUCCAUCACCUCGCCCCAUUCUCCCGCUUUUUAUCACCCCGCCACAUUCCCCAUUCCUCCCGCUUUCCCAUCACCCCGCCCCAUUCUACCGCCUUUCCAUCACCCUGCCGCAUUCUCCCUCCUUCCAUCCCCCGCCCCAUUCUCCCUCUUUCCAUCACCCCGCCCCAUUCUCCCGCUUUCCCAUCACCCCGCCCCCAUUCUACCGCUAUCCAUCACCCCGCCCCAUUCUCCCUCCUUCCAUCACCACGCCCCAUUCUCCAUCCUUCCAUCACCCGCCCCAUUCUCCCUCCUUCCAUCACCCCGCCCAUUCUCCCUCCUUCCAUCACCGUGCCCCAUUCUCCCGCUUUACAUCAGCCCGCCCCAUUCUCCCGCUUUCCAUCACCCCGCCCCAUUCUCCCGCUUUCCAUCACCCCGCCGCAUUCUCCCGAUUUCCAUCACCCGGCCCCAUUCACCCGCUUUCCCAUCACCCCGCCCCAUUCUCCCACUUUCCAUCACCCCGCCCCAUUCUCCCGCUUUCCUUCACCCCGCCCCAUUCUCCCGGUUUCCAUCACCCUGCCCCAUUCUCCCGCCUUCCAUCACCCCGCCUCAUUCUCCCGCAUCAUCCCGCCCAUUCCCCCGCUUUCCAUCACCUCUCCCUCCUUCCAUCACCCGCCCCAUUCUCCCGCUUUCUAUCACCCGUCCCCAUUCUCCCUCCUUCCAUCACCCCGCCCCAUUCUCCCGCUUUCCAUCACCCCGCCCCAUUCUCCCGCUUUCCAUUACCUCGCCCCAUUCUCCCGCUUUUUAUCACCCCGCCCCAUUCUCCCGCUUUCCAUCACCCCGCCCGAUUCUCCCUCCUUCCAUCACCACACACCAUUCUUCUCCCGCUUUCCAUCACCCCGCCCCAUUCUCCUGCUUUCCAUCACCCCUCCCCCAUUCUCCCGCUUUCCAUCACCCCGCCCCAUUCUCCCGCUUUUCCAUCACCCCGCCCCAUUCUCCCGCUUUCCAUCACCCCGGCCCAUUCUCCCGCUUUCCCUCACCCCGCCCCAUUUUCCCUCUUUCCAUCACCCCGCCCCAUUCUCCCACUUUCCAUCACCCCGCCCCCAUUCUCCCGCUUUCCAUCACCCCACCCCAUUCUCCCGCUUUCCAUCACCCUGCCCCAUUCUCCCGCCUUUCCAUCACCCUGCCCCGUUCUCCAGCUUUCCAUCACCCUGCCCCAUUCUCCCGCUUUCCAUCACCUCGACCCAUUCUCCCGCUAUCCAUCACCCCGCCCCAUUCUCCCUCCUUCCAUCACCACGCCCCAUUCUCCCUCCUUCCAUCACCCGCCCCAUUCUCCCUCCUUCCAUCACCCCGCCCCAUUCUCCCUCUUUACAUCAGCCCGCCCCAUUCUCCCGCUUUCCAUCACCCCGCCCCAUUCUCCCGCCUUUCCCAUCACCCCGCCCCAUUCUCCCGGUUUCCAUCACCCUGCCCCAUUCUCCCGCUUUCCAUCACCCCGCCUCAUUCUCCCGCUUCCCAUCAUCCCGCCCCGUUCCCCCCGCUUUCCAUCACCUCUCCUCCUUCCAUCACCCCGACCCCAUUCUCCCGCUUUCUAUCACCCGUCCCCAUUCUCCCUCCUUCCAUCACCCCGCCCCAUUCUCCCGCUUUCCAUCACCCCGCCCCAUUCUCCCGCUUUCCAUCACCUCGCCCCAUUCUCCCGCUUUUUAUCACCCCGCCCCAUUCCUCCGCUUUCCAUCACCCCCGCCCGAUUCUCCCUCCUUCCAUCACCCCACACCAUUCUCCCGCUUUCCAUCACCCCGCCCCAUUCUCCUGCUUUCCAUCACCCCUCCCCAUUCUCCCGCUUUCCAUCAUCCCGCCCCAUUCUCCCGCUUUCCAUCACCCCGCCCCCAUUCUCCCGCUUUCUAUCACCCGUCCCCAUUCUCCCUCCUUCCAUCACCCCGCCCCAUUCUCCCGCUUUCCAUCACCCCGCCCCAUUCUCCCGCUUUCCAUCACCUCGCCCCAUUCUCCCGCUUUUUAUCACCCCGCCCCAUUCUCCCGCUUUCCAUCACCCCGCCCGAUUCUCCCUCCUUCCAUCACCCACACCAUUCUCCCGCUUUCCAUCACCCCUCCCCAUUCUCCCGCUUUCCAUCAUCCCGCCCCAUUCUCCCGCUUUCCAUCACCCCGCCCCAUUCUCCCGCUUUCCAUCACCCCGCCCCAUUCUCCGCUUUCCCUCACCCGCCCCAUUCUCCUGCUUUCCAUCACCCCGCCCCCAUUCUCCCGCUUCCCAUCAACCCGCCCCAUUCUCUCGCUUUCUAUCACCCGUCCCCAUUCUUCCUCCUUGCAUCACCCUGCCCCAUUCUCCCGCUUUCCAUCACCUUGCCCCAUUCUCCCACUUUUUAUCACCCCGCCCCAUGCUCCCGCUUUCCAUAACCCCGCCCCAUUCUCCCGCUUUCCAUCACCUCGCCCCAUUCUCCCGCUUUUUAUCACCCCGCCCCAUUCUCCCGCUUUCCAUCACCCCGCCCGAUUCUCCCUCCUUCCAUCACCCCACACCAUUCUCCCGCUUUCCAUCACCCCGCCCCAUUCUCCUGCUUUCCAUCACCCCUCCCCAUUCUCCCGCUUUCCAUCACCCCGCCCCAUUCUCCCGCUUUCCAUCACCCCGCCCCAUUCUCCCGCUUUCCAUCACCCGGCCCAUUCUCCCGCUUUCCAUCACCCCGCCCCAUUCUCCCUCUUUCCAUCACCCCGCCCCAUUCUCCCGCUUUCCAUCACCCCGCGCCAUUUUCCCUCUUUCCAUCACCCGCCCCAUUCUCCCGCUUUCCAUCACCCUGCCCCAUUCUCCCGCUUUCCAUCACCCCGCUCCAUUGUCCCGCUUUCCAUCACCCCCGCCCCAUUCUCCCUCUUUCCAUCACCCCGCCCCAUUCUCCCUCUUUCCAUUCACCCCGCCCCAUUCUCCCGCUUUCCAUCACCCUGCCCCAUUCUCCCUCUUUCCAUAACCCCGCCCCAUUCUCCCGCUUUCCAUCACCCCGCCCCAUUCUCCCUCUUUCCAUCACCCGCCCCAUUCUCCCGCUUUCCAUCACCCCGCCCCAUUCUCCCUCUUUCCAUCACCCCACCCCAUUCUCCCGCUUUCCAUCACCCCGCCCCGUUCUCCCUCUUUCCAUCACCCCGCCCCAUUCUCCCGCCUUUCAUCACCCCGCCCCAUUCUCCCUCUUUCCAUCACCCCGCCCCAUUCUCCCGCUUCUAUCACCCCGCCCCAUUCUCCCUCUUUCCAUCACCCCGCCCCAUUCUCACGCUUUCUAUCACCCUGCCCCAUUCUACCGCUUUCCAUCAUCCCGCUCCAUUGUCCCACUUUCUAUCACCCCGUUCAAUUCUCCCUCUUCCAUCACCCCUCCCCAUUCUCCCUUUUUCCAUAACCCCGCCCCAUUCUCCCGCUUUCCAUCACCCCGCCCCAUUCUACCGCUUUCCAUCACCCUGCCGCAUUCUCCCUCCUUCCAUCCCCCGCCCCAUUCUCCCUCUUUCCAUCACCCCGCCCCAUUCUCCCUCUUUCCAUCACCCCGCCCCAUUCUCCCGCUUUCCAUCACCCCGCCCCAUUCUCCCUCUUUCCACAACCUCGCCCCAUUCUCCCGCUUUCCAUCACCCCGCCCCCAUUCUCCCUCUUUCCAUCACCCCCGCCCCAUUCUCCCUCUUUCCAUCACCCCGCCCCAUUCUCCCGCUUUCCAUCACCCCGCCCCAUUCUCCCUCUUUCCAUAACCCUGCCCCAUUCUCCCGCUUUCCAUCACCCCGCCCCAUUCUCCCUCUUUCCUUCACCCGCACCGUUCUCCCGCUUUCCAUCACCCCGCCCCAUUCUCCCGCUUUCCAUCACCCCGCCCCAUUCUCCCGCUUUCCAUCACCCCGCCCCAUUCUCUCUCUUCCCAUCACCCCGCCCCAUUCUCCCACUUUCCAUCACCCCGCCCCAUUCUACCGCUUUUCAUCAUCCCGCUCCAUUCCCCAUUCUCCCGCUUUCCAUCACCCUGCCCCCAUUCUCCUGCUUUCCAUCACCCCGCCCCCUUCUCCCUCUUUCCAUCACCCCCGCCCCAUUCUCCCGCUUUCCAUCACCCCGCCCCAUUCUCCCGCUUUCCAUCACCCCGUCCCAUUCUCCCGCUUUCCAUCACCCCGUCCCAUUCUCCCUCUUUCCAUCACCCCGCCCCAUUCUCCCGCUUUCCAUCACCCCGCCCCAUUCUUCCUCUUUCCAUCUCCCCGCCCCAUUCUCCCUCUUUCCAUCACCCCGCCCCAUUCUCCCUCUUUCCAUCACCCCGCCCCAUUCUCCCUCUUUCCAUCACCCCGCCCCAUUCUCCCGAUUUCCGGUCACCCCGCCCCAUUCUUCCUCUUUCCAUCACCCCGCCCCAUUCUUCCUCUUUCCAUCUUCCCGCCCCAUUCUCCUCUUUCCAUCACCCCGCCCCAUUCUCCCUCUUUCCAUCACCCCGCCCCAUUCUCCCUCUUCCCAUCACCCCGCCCCAUUCUCCCGAUUUCCGUCACCGCGCCCCAUUCUCCCUCUUUCCAUCACCCCACCCCAUUCUCCCGAUUUCCGUCAUCCUGCCCCAUUCUCCCUCUUUCCAUCACCCGCCCCAUUCUCCCUCUUUCCAUCACCCCGACACAUUCUCCCGCUUUCCAUCACCCGCCCCAUUCUCCCGCUUUCCAUCACCCCGCCCCAUUCUUCCUCUUUCCAUCUCCCCGCCCAUUCUCCCUCUUUCCAUCACCCGCCCCAUUCUCCCUCUUUCCAUCACCCCGCCCCAUUCUCCCUCUUUCCAUCACCCUGCCCCAUUCUCCCGAUUUCCGUCACCCCGCCCCAUUCUCCCUCUAUCCAUCACCCCGCCCCAUUUCCCGAUUUCCGUCACCCUUCUCCCUCUUUCCAUCACCUCGCCCCAUUCUUCCUCUUUCCAUCUCCCCGCCCCAUUCUCCCUCUUUCCAUCACCCCGCCCCAUUCUCCCUCUUUCCAUCAUCCCGCCCCAUUCUCCCUCUUUCCAUCACCCCUCCCCAUUCUCCCGAUUUCCGUCACCUCGCCCCAUUCUCCCUCUUUCCCAUCACCCCGCCCCAUUCUCCCGAUUUCCGUCAUCCUGCCCCAUUCUCCCUCUUUCCAUCACCCGCCCCAUUCUCCCUCUUUCCAUCACCCCGACCCAUUCUCCCGCUUUCCAUCACCCCGCCCCAUCUCCCUCUUUCCAUCACCCCGCCCCAUUCUCCCGCUUUCCAUCACCCCGCCCCCAUUCUCCCUCUUUCCAUCACCCCGCCCGUUCUCCCCCUUUCCAUCACCCCGCCCCAUUUCUCCCGCUUUCCAUCACCCCCGCCCCAUUCUCCCGCUUUCCAUCACCCCGCCCCAUUCUCCCGCUUUCCAUCACCCCGCCCCCAUUCUCCCUCUUUUCCAUGCACCCCCGCCCCGUUCUCCCGCUUUCCAUCACCCCGCCCCAUUCUCCCGCUUUCCCAUCACCCCGCCCCAUUCUCCCUCUUUCCAUCACCCCGCCCCAUUCUCCCUCUUUCCAUUACCCCGCCCAUUCUCCUGCUUUCCAUCACCCCGCCCUAUUCUCCCUCUUUCCAUCACCCCGCCCCAUUCUCCCGCUUUCUAUCACCCCACCCCAUUCUCCCGCUUUCCAUCACCCUGCCUCCAUUCUCCCGCUUUCCAUCACCCCGCCCAAUUCUCCCGCUUUCCAUCACCCCUCUCCAUUCUCCCUCUUUCCAUCUCCCCGCCCCAUUCUCCCUCUUUCCAUCACCCCGUCCCACUCUCCCUCUUUCCGUCACCCCGCCCCAUUCUCCCUGUUUCCAUCAACUCGCCCCAUUCUCCCUCUUACCAUCUCCUCGCCCCAUUCUCCCGCUUUCCAUCACCCUGCCCCAUUCUUCUUCUUUCCAUCACCCCGCCCCAUUCUCCAAGUUUUUAUCACCCCGCUCCAUUUUCCCUAUUUCCAUCACCCCGCCCCAUUCUCCCACUUUCCAUCACCCCGCCCCAUUCUCCCGCUUUCCAUCACCCCGCCCCGUUCUCCCGCUUCCAUCACACCGCCCCAUUCUCCCUCUUUCCAUCACCCCGCCCCAUUCUCCCGCUUUCCAUCACCCCGCCCCAUUCUCCCGCUUUCCAUCACCCCGCCCCAUUCUCCCGCUUUCCAUCACCCCGCCCCAUUCUCCCGCUUUCCAUCACCCCGCCCCAUUCUCCCUCUUUCCAUCACCCCGCCCCAUUCUCCCGCUUUCCAUCACCCCGCCCCCAUUUCCCCUCUUUCCAUCACCCCGCUCUAUUCUCCCGCUUUCCAUCACCCCGCCCAAUUCUCCCUCUUUCCAUCACCCCUCCUCAUUCUCCCUCUUUCCAUCACCACGCCCCAUUCUCCCGCUUUCCACCACCCCGCUCCAUUCUCCCGCUUUCCAUCACCCCGCCCAAUUCUCCCGCUUUCCAUCACCCCGCCCCUAG